AUGGCUUUGGUACUCUAUGCACCAUCAUUGGCACUUAGUCAAAGUUUGAUCCUAGUUGGUGGCUUUAAGCGUGUAUUUUCGAUUGCUUCCCAAGGUGGCCGUAUAGAAUUUGAUAAUGCAAGUUUGGAUCCUCGAACACGUCACACAGUUUGGUCAAUUUUAAUUGGUAAUUCUGUUCAUGCAUUGUUGCUCUAUAGUUUCAAUCAAGUACAAGUACAACGAUAUAUGUGUGUUCGAUCGACUCGAGGAGCACAAGCAGCUCUUCUGAUCAAUAUCAUUGGUGUUGCUAGUCUCAUUCUUCUCACGGGCUUUAUGGGUGUUAUUAUCUAUGCCUACUACGUCGAUUGUGAUCCAUACACGACUGGUCGUGUUCAAAAUGUUGAUCAAAUCUUUCCAUACUUCAUUAUGGAUGCAUUGGGCAACAAGAAGGGUAUACCAGGCUUAUUUCUUGCUUGUGUAUUCUCGGGUACGCUCUCCACCAUUUCAUCUGGGAUCAAUAGUUUAGCAGCAGUUAUUAUCGAAGAUGUCUACAAGGGCCUCAUGAAAGGACAGCUAAGCGAUGAGCAACAAGGCAUUGUAUCAAAAAUACUUUCAGUCAUUGUGGCUGUAAUGGUGAUGUUUUUUACCUAUAUCGUAAGCUAUUUGGGUUCGGUGAUCAAUGCAGUGAUAUCAAUGUCUGGUGCCCUUUGUGGACCCAUCACGGGAAUAUUCUUUCUUGGUUUUUUUUUCCCGCAAGCCAAUCGACGAGGAGCGAUGUUUGGAUUUUUCGCAGGUUUAGCGUCACAACUCUGGAUCUUCUUUGGCGCUCAACUAACGAAAAAUCAAAGAAGCAGUGGUCGGCUACCAUUAUCGGUAGCCAAUUGCACAAAUUACAACGAAUCGGCACUCAUAAUCGCGAACACGACAUCAGCAAUCACACACAUCAAGUAAGUGAACAUUUAAUUUCAUUGUCUACUGGCCUAAUUUAGAUAAUUUUGAUAACUUGUCAAACUUUGACUUAUUCCUUUGAUUCUUUCUAAAGUUGAUGAACUUUUUUCUACCUAAUCUGUUUUUGUAACAUUUAUUCGACACUGUCUAGUUCAACAGUUGAAUGUAUAGUAAAUCCUCGUUCGAUGUUCAGUGUUUUCAUUUGAGUGACAAAAGAAUUUCAAAGAUUGUCAUUGCAUUUAAAUGUUUUAUCUGGAUCUCAGGUGUGUUUAUGAAGUAUCAAUUGAUCUUUGUCUUAUUUUGAGGUCUAAUCCAUUGCUUGGUAUUUAUUCAGUGAGUUACAUGUGGUACACACUGAUUGCUGUUGGUUCUGUGCUGAUUGUUGGCGUUCUGAUAUCCUAUCUCACACAUCCCUUGAAAUCACAUGAAAUUGAUCCUAAAAUAAUCAUUCGAAUGAGUGACGUGUGCAGAUUUUGCUGUUGGUCACAACAACGACAAAAACGGUUCAAAUGUGUUGUCUACGACGAAGUCGCUGUUGUGCAGGAGGUAGUGUUUCUGAGAUUCUUCUUCCAAUCAAAUAGCCUACAUUCUUCUAUAUAGGAAUCAAAAGAUACGGAAAUACCGUCAACGAUGUUACCAACCAGCUAAUAACGUGCAUUGCUUCGAUGAACAAUUAGAUUUAAAAAUUUCUAAAAUAUUACAAGAUAAAUAUUUUUCCUAAUUACAUCAAUCAGUAAUGUAGUUCAUAUGUGCGGUGUGAAUGUGGGCGAAUUCAAUAGUUUUAAUUGUAGCUAAGGGUGGGUGUGGGUGUGCGUAUUCCUUCUGUUUACCCCACACCCCAGGCCAAUCACGCCCGAUCGGAUUCUGUCGGUUCCAGAUAAUUCCGACGGAAGCCUAUCCCAAUUUUGUCGAAAUCCUAACUAACGGAUUCCGACAUCGGAUUUGCAUAAAGUCCGAUCGAAUCCUGUCUGUUUCUGUUGGAUUUUAUCAGAUUCCGGUCCAGAUAUCGUCGGAAUCCGUCAGUUAGGAUUGAUUGACCUGAGACCCACACCCACACCCUGUUUAUGUAAAGGAGAACACAAGAGAGAGAGAAAUCUAGAUUUUCUUCAACUUUGUAUAGAAUGAGAGAAAAUUUCAGUAUUGAAAGGGUUAAUAGACUUGUCGUAAGAGAUUGAUGCAAAAUUAAUUCUUGUAAAAAUAAAGAUCCUUUAUUUAGAUAUCGGGUGUAGAUGUGACUGUAGUCUAGAUAAAAACCACACCCUCAUUUAUUUUACUUCUUCUAUUUGAUUCUUUAUGUCCUUCUUUAGAGUGAUUCGUAGAGAAUCAGAGAGCAUUUUUAAAAAGUUACAUAAUAAAUUCAAUUUUCAAAGUAUCAAUCGAAUUUUAAAUUAUACUUAAUCAUCUGAAUUUUUGAAUAAUUAUCGAAAUCAAAUUCUCGAGAUGAUCAAUCCGUUGAUAUUAUCGUUUAUACUGAUAAAAUUCUAAUGAAUAUUAUUUUACAUUACUUGUAAAUAAUUAAUAGACAUUUAUUUGUUUAUUAUUUAAAUGAUAUUCAUAAAAUGUUUAUGUGCAAGACCAAGAGACACUGUGUAGAAUGAGGAAGUAACAACUUUCUCUUCAUAAAUACAUUGAUAUUCAUUUGUAUCUUAGUCAUCUUUUGAAUAAAGCAUGAUGACAAUUUCCGUAUUUAUUGUCAUAUUUUCGUUCUGUCUUUAUGAUGAUUUAGAGUGGUAAGAUAAGCAUUUUUUUAUAUGAUAAGUCAACAGUUGCACAUCGACAUAUACUUACCUAACGAAAAUCUUAACUCAUAUGAAAAUAAUGUUGUUAAUACAUUUUGAGUUACUGAGAAAAUUAAGUAAGUUCGAAUGAUCUCCCAACUAUGUUGAUAUGAAAACGGCUUUUCAAUGCUAUCGACUUUCGUGCUUGUUAAAAAAAAUACAGUUAAGUAGCAUGCUUCCCGAUAAGUUUAACUUCUUGGUAAAUAAAUAAGUAUGGGGUGUGGAUAUGGUUUGAGAGAUGAUCCAGAGCUUAAAGACCUACACCCACACCCACACCCCGACGCUAUAAGUCUGGAUAAUAAAAUACCAAUUUUCAUCACUGACAGUGAUGAUCUAGAUCAUGUAUACUUGAAUACUUUUUCGUUUUUUUCUCAUCGAAUAAAAUUACUAUUCAAGAUGAUGGCGUUUCAGUUUGUUGUUGAUAGCUGUAAUAGUAAAUUCUUAAUGUUAUGUUUUGAAUUGAAACCUCUUAACAAAUUCACCAUUGACAUUAAUAUUUACUUACUCUAUAUUUAUGAGUGCCUACGAAAUUUUAGUCAAUUUGAAUAUAUUUAUUGCAUCUAACAUGAGUGAUCGAUAAAAAACAUUCAACCGGUACAUAAAUACGAUAUAACGUGAUUUAUUAGAAAAAUAAAAGCAAAAUGGAUAUUGGAUUAUAAAACUGCUAUAUGAAUUAGAUAAUCUCUUGCUUAUAUUACUGUUGCAAAGUAAAAAAAAAUAUAUUAAUCGUCAAAUUAUUAAUUGCUUAAAUGACGUCGUAUAAAAUCAAGUAACUCGCUUCUUAAAUUGGUAACUUCAACUUGUGGUGGAAUAUGAGACAUACUCUGUAGUAGUUUUUCUCGACUUCUCGUAUAAACACACAGAGGAAUUUCUGUUGAGUCAAAGACAUUGUCUAUCAGAUUUUUCACAUCGAUGAGAUUUUUCUGUUCACUAACAUAGUAACCUCUGCAAAUAACUAACAUUUUUUCUCGUUGUUUGAGAUUAUGUAAGUUUGUUUUGAGAAAAGUGGAUGCUUCAGCUAACGUUGGACUAAAAUGGAUCUCCAAUAAAGGAUGAUUUCGGUGAAUAUUUUCAGUUGCUGUUGGAUCAUUUCCUUGCGAAUCAACCCAGAGAAGGAAUUGCUUCGAUACCAUAUUUGAAGAAAUAGAACGACAUGGUUCCAAAAUUGGACUUUCAGAAGAGAGUUCUACAACAAAUGAGAGAAUGCGAUAAUUAGAUAUUUGUGUUCGAAUUGUAGACAAAGAAAAGGUCAAUAGAAUGAUAUAACGAAAGAUUACAGUUGUACACGGUUGGAAAUAAUAUUAU